UGUGGAGCGAGCGCAGAGCCCAGCGCGGAGCGCAACGCGCAGCGAUAGCCGCAAGGCACCCACCGACGGACGCAGCGGGAGCGAGCCGAGCCGAGAGGCGCGCUCCGGGCAGAGAGAGCCGAGCAGGGCAGUGUCUCCCGGCCGCCCCACUCCCGCGGCGCCCCUUCGGACCGGCGGGCGCCCUCUCCAAGUCCCCGCGCCCGCGCCGCGCCCCUCCGGCCAGCAUGAGGCUCCUGACUGCCGCGCUGCUCCUGCUGCUCCUGGCGCUGUGCGCCGCGCGCGUGGACGGGUCCAAAUGCAAGUGCUCCCGGAAGGGGCCCAAGAUCCGCUACAGCGACGUGAAGAAGCUUGAAAUGAAGCCAAAGUACCCGCACUGCGAGGAGAAGAUGGUUAUCAUCACCACCAAAAGUGUGUCCCGGUACCGAGGUCAGGAGCACUGCCUGCACCCCAAGUUGCAGAGCACCAAGCGGUUCAUCAAAUGGUACAACGCCUGGAACGAGAAGCGCAGGGUCUACGAAGAAUAGGGUGAACCACCCUACUGGGAAAACUUCAUACUGGUUGGGAGACAGCAAAGGACUCUGCAGAUUAAAAAAAAAAAAGCAAACCCCUUCUUUCUCACAGGCAUAAGACACAAAUUCUAUAUUGUUACGAAGCACUUUUUACCAAGGGCCACUUUUUACAUUUUAUAGCUGUGUGCAAAAGGCUUCCAGAUGUGAGACCCGUCUCUCUUGCGCUCCAGACUUCAUCACAGGCUGCUUUUUACUGAAAAGCAGGAAACUCAUGCCCUCCCUUUGUAAAAAAUGCUUUUUUGUAUUUGUCCAGACAUCACUGUACAUCUGAGCUUUAUAAGCGCCUGGGAGGAACAGGGAGCUCAGUUGAGACAUUUCACAGCAGCGUUGCUCUGUUCCUAGUGCAGGAAGCGUCCGCUCAGAGGUCCUGGCGCCUCAGCACAGCUGCCACAGGCUCUCCGGGGUUCACGGUCAGUCACAGGCUCAGGGGGACCCCACAGUGGCCCCGGUUGCCAGGCAAGCAGGAGCAGAUCUCUUUGUAUCUGUUCUUCUAGGAACUCGAGUUUGGCUGCCAGAGAAACGUGCUUCGUCCCCCUGGUUAGUUUUUACACACUCUAGAAAACAUUUCCAAGAUCCCAGGAUGGCGAAGCAAAUGGUCCUUAAGGAAGAGCUUGGGUCUUCUCUCCAGCCUGAGGGUUUGUAAAAGGCUCACUGCUUCGAUAGUUAAUGCUUUGGAAGCACGUGAAGUUUCCGACUCCUUUAGCAAAACCCUUAGGAGAAAACUUAAAAAUAUACGAAUAAGCACACAAUAUACAGCUACAGACAUACUUUCUAUUGACGAGGGAGAACCUUCAAAGCAUGUUUCUUUCUCUCUUCACAAUGGGACAUGCAGUACUAAAGCGAUCUGUGAUUCCCCACGUAAUUCUUCAAUGUUAAACAGUGCAGUCCUCUUUGGAACAAUAAGAUGACCAUGCACCCUUACCUUUGUAAAUAUACUCUUAAGAAUGCCCCCUCCACACUCUACCCCUUCAGUAUAUAUCGCAUUGUUGUGUCGUAUGCUAUGUAAAUGUCAGAAACCAUUAGUGUUGCAUGCAAGUUUCAUAUUCUUUCUAAGACAAAAAGUAAUAAAAUAUAUUUGAAAUGUACCAAAA